AUGUCGAAUAGAAAAGAACGGCGCGCCAAAGACGCCGUGUCCGCUGCGAGAGCGACCGGAGCCGGGCUCGAGCCCACGACCGAGAUUGACGAGGAUGGCGUCGAGAUGAUUCUGAGACAUCCCGACUUCUCCAAGCCCACCGGCAAGACGCUCUUCGACCUGGCAGAAGAGCGACAACGGGAGCUCGACAAGGCCAAUCCCAACACGCCAGCCGCCAAGGCACGGGCAGCCGCAAGAACCGUCCCCGACGAUGAAGUGCCUCCGAUCGGUCCUCUGGGCGACUCGAUCCUCUACUCGAUCUCCAUGGCCACCCUACACCUCACCCUCGACAUCCUGGUAUACAACCAGUACCGGGAGGAUAUCAUCUGGCCUGAGAUUUUCUGGCGAGCUGCCACGGCACUGCCCAUCUUCGCCUUUCUGGUCUACCUCACCCACCUUGAAUUUCCCUACCGCUUCCCCAUGAUCCGAGACGUUGCAUUCUUCGUAGGCUCCAUCGCAGCAGGAUGCUACCUGAUAUAUUCGGGAAACAAAAACGGCUACUUCUACGUCAUGAAGUCGGCCCCUCCGAUUGGUACAUUGUGGAUCUGGAGCGUUGUGGAGAUGAGCCUGCCCUUUGCAGCCACCAGUGCGCUCGCCGUGGGUGGUUACGUCUGGUGGAACGGGCUAGACUUCUUUUGA